AGAAUAUUGAAGAAGAUGAUUCGGAAAUUUCCUCUCUCUCCAUCCAAGGGCCCUAAUCCCACACGCCUUUGAGAAAAAAACACCCAUUUGAAUUACUCUUCAAUGGCGUCGCAGCAGUAGACAACUUCAAAACUUUCUCUUUUUAUAAGUCGUUCAAUCUCUCUCUCUCUCUCUCUCUCUCUCUGAUCAGUGUUUGGAGAUGCCAAGCCUCUCUGUGAAGCUCUACAGCUUCUUCUUCAAGUACAACUUCAAAAACCAGUUGCAGAGCCUAUCCAAAUCCCACAUCGACCACUCCAAUUCCAAUACGUUCGGCAUCACUUCCCGUCCCGAAGAACCCCUUGUCCAAGCAAACCCAACUUUCCAGAACGGUGGCGUCGCAACCAAAGACGUCCACAUCGAUCCCUCUUCCGCUUUGUCCCUCCGGAUAUUCCUCCCUGACUCUGUCCUCGGCUCGGUGGGGUGCGAUACCCAAUUUGGUUUUGCUCCGAAUGACUCAAACGACGAUUCUGGGGUCGUCGUUUACAGAGGAUACUCGCCGCGCCCGAUCGGGAAGCGAUGCCGGAAGCUGCCGGUGAUGUUGCAGUUCCACGGCGGGAUGUUUGUAGGUGGGAGCAAUGUUUCGGCAGCGAACGACGCGUUUUGUAGGCGGAUGGCGAAGCUGUUGGAUGUGAUUGUGGUGGCGGUCGGGUAUAGGUUAGCUCCCGAGAGUCGGUACCCGGCAGCGUUUGAGGAUGGGUUUAAGGUGUUGGAUUGGUUGGGUAAGCAAGCGAGCUUGGCUUCGCUUCGGAAUGUAAGGAAUGGUGGUGGUGUGAAUCGCCGUAUUUUUGAUGGCUUCGGGGCUUCGAUGGCAGAACCUUGGUUGGCUGCUCAUGGAGAUCCAUCCAGAUGUGUACUGCUUGGUGUGAGCUGUGGAGCAAAUAUAGCAGAUUUUGUGGCUCGAAAAGCUGUUGAGGCAGGAAAUCUAUUGGAUCCAGUUAAUGUGGUUGCACAAGUCUUGAUGUGCCCUUCUUUCAUCGGAAGCGUUCCUACAAAAUCCGAGAUUAAGCUGGCAAACUCCUAUUUCUAUGACAAGGCUUCAUGCAUACUGGCAUGGAAGCUUUUUUUGCCUGAGAAGGAAUUUGAUCUAGAUCACCCUGCUGGCAAUCCUCUCCUCCCUGGGAGGAAGCCACCUCUAAAGUACAUGACCCCUACACUAAUGGUGGUUGCAGAGCAUGAUUGGAUGCGUGACCGGGCCAUUGCUUACUCGGAGCAAUUGCGGAAAGCUAAUGUAGAUGCACCUCUUCUUGACUACAAGAAUACUGUGCAUGAGUUUGCUACUCUUGAUAUGCUCCUCCAGACACCACAAGCUCAGGCUUGUGCAGAGGAUAUUGCUAUAUGGAUCAAAAAGUAUAUAUCACUCAGGGGCAAUGAGUUUUCAUAUUAGAUUAGAGAAAUUUUGGGAAGCCUGAAGAAGCAGAGUUCACAGCUUCAACAGCAGAGAGAAAUUCUUUUGUCAAUACAGCACAUAGUAUUCCAAUAUGAUGGUUGUUUAUGGAGGUUUAUACCAAUGCCUUUUGUAUAUGGUUUAGUUUUUGUCUCGAAACAUUCGUUUAUUCUUCCCUUUCCGGGGUAUAACAACAUUUAUUACCAAGUAUACUGACGUACAAAAAUGUUAUGUAUAGGCUGGAAAUGAAGGAUUCGUUAUUCUUUUGGCAA